AACUCACAUCCAGUCUCUCAGUCUGUCGCUCUAAACUCACUCGAACAGGCUUCUGGGGAGUCGGGACACCAGUCGUAAUGCAGCGGGCGAUCUUCAGCCGCAGCUCGCUGCUCGCCCAGCAGGUGACAGCGGGUCUUGACAACGCUCUGGCAGCGAGGAGUGCGCCCCUGCUGCAGCGUCUGGACCGCUCCAUGUCCUCCGUGACCAUGCCGCCGCCAGCGUGCAUGCUUCGGCCGCUCGAAGUUCCGCUGCGAUACCUGUUCGGCCCGGGACCCUCUAACGUCCCUCCACGUGUCUUAGCUGCAGGCUCCACGCCGAUAAUUGGCCACCUGCAUCCAGAAAUGUACGAGAUCAUGAACGACAUCAAGCGAGGGAUCCAGUACAUCUUCCAGACAGAAAACAACAUGACUAUAGCUAUGAGUGGCUCCGGACACGCCGCUAUGGAGUGUGCGGUGUUCAACACGGUGGAGCCCGGAGAGAGCGUCCUCGUCGCCAUCAACGGGAUCUGGGGGGAGCGUAUAGCAGAAAUUGCGGAGAGAAUGGGUGCCAACGUACACAGGCUGGUAAAAACACCGGGAGGGUAUUUUUCCAACAAAGAAAUUGAGCAGGCCAUAGAAAAACACAAACCUGUCCUGUUUUUCCUGACACACGGCGAGUCCUCCGCCGGCCUCUGUCACCCCAUAGACGGCAUUGGAGACAUAUGCAGGAAACAUAACUGCCUUUUCCUGGUCGACACAGUGGCCUCGCUGGGAGCAGCACCAAUCUUUAUGGAUAAACAAAACAUUGACAUCCUCUACAGUGGCUCUCAGAAGGCUCUGAAUGCACCUCCUGGCACAGCACCCAUCUCGUUCAAUGACAGAGCAUGCCACAAGAUGUUUAACAGGACAACGAAACCUGUGUCCUACCUUUUUGACAUGACACAUUUGUCCAACUACUGGGGUUGUGAUGGCAAACCAGCCAGACAAUACCACCACACUGGCCCAGUGUCUGGAUUCUUCGCUCUGAGAGAGAGUCUGGCAAUUCUUGCUGAGAAGGGACUGGAAGAGUCCUGGAAGAAACAUAAAGAGGUGUCAGCGUACCUUUACAGAGGGCUGGAGGACUUGGGUCUCAAGCUCUUUAUUCCUGAAAGGGAUUUGAGGCUUCCCUCUGUCACCACCAUUGCCGUCCCUGCUGGAUAUGACUGGAGGGAGAUGCUGACCUAUAUCAUGAAACACCACCACAUGGAGAUGACUGGAGGCCUGGGUCCAUCCAUUGGCAUGGUGAUGAGGAUUGGAUUGAUGGGAUACAACUGUGAGAAGCGCAACGCUGACAUGGCUCUGCACGCCCUGGCAGACGCUCUAAAGAACUGCACAAGGAGCAAGGCUUAGGAGAAGAGAUUCGCCAAAUCACACUCAGUUAUUGACGAAUAAAAAAUAAACAUUCAGUGUCUCUAAAUGUACUGUAUGGCAUUUAGAACAGCAUGCACAUUUUAACUAUUUUUCUAUUUCUUUUCACUUACACAUAUUCUAAAUGUGGGCCAUUUGCCUCGCUUGUAGUUUUUAGAUGAGUUCUCGAAGGAAGAAUCAGAUGUUGUCAUACAUGGUGUGUGCAGUAAUAAUGUCAAUAAAAUGUGCUUUUAUUUAAUCAAACAA